GUUGACUCCGACCCAUUCGGGAAAGGGGAGCCGUAGCUUUCGAAGGGGGCAGCGAUUCCGGCCAUACCAAACCUUCCCUCUCCGGGCGGCCGUUUCCAACAUCACGGCGAGGGAGAAGAAGGAGCUCCCCCACUUUCCCACUGCCGUCGCCGGGGACCCCAUGCCAUGGACCGCCCGUGGUCCCGGUCCACGAGGCACCCAUACACCCGUAGUAUAAAGCAGGCGCUGCUGAGCUAGCUAGCCUUCCGCGCACACUGUCACACCACCAGGUCUGGAAGGAGGUCCCGAGUUCCCUUCCCUCCACGGCGCACCGCGGCUUCUCCCCCCACUCCUGCCCCUGCCGGCUUCGCCGUCUCCGAGCGAGCUCGAAUUGCGGAAUUGCGGCCGGAGAGAAGAGGUCGCGGGCUGUGGGGGAGUCAUGGAGCCGGACGACGAGCGGCGGCGGAAGGGGAUAUCGCACAGCCAACCGCUGCCGCGGGACGCGGUGGCGGCCGCCCGCCACGCGGUCCUCAGCUCGCGCAGCGCCGAUGACGACCCCAUCGCCUCCGCCUCCGCCUCGGCGUGCUCCGUCCCGUACUUGCGCGCUGGGCCCUUGAGCCGCGGCGGCGGCGAGGAGGCGCGGGCGCUGCCGGAGUUCGUCGGCGCGGGCGGGGGCGAGGGCAUCUUCCGCGUGCCGCGCCGCGCGGCCAUGCACCCGGGCCGCCCGCCGUCGCUCGAGGUGCGGCCCCACCCGCCGCGGGAGACGCAGGUGUGCUCCUUCCUGCGGGCACUGGCCUGCGAGCCGCGGCUCAACCAGCUGUGGGCCGGGGCCGAGUCCGGGGUCCGGGUGUGGGCGCUCGACGAGGUGUUCCACGGGGCUCCGCAGACGACGGCGCGCCGGGGCGACGAGGAGAGCGCGCCCUUCGUCGAGUCCGUCCCCGCGCCGCCCGCGCUCUGCGUCGCCGUCGACGGCGCCAACAAGCUGCUCUGGACGGGCCACAAGGACGGGAGGAUCCGCGCGUGGCGCAUGGAACUCGCGCCGGCGGCAGCCGCGGUGGAUGGCGGCGAGGACGCGCCCCUGUUCAAGGAGGUCCUCUCGUGGCAGGCGUGCAGCCGCACGCCGGUGCUCUCCAUGGUCGUGACGUCAUGCGGUGAAAUAUGGUCAGGCACCGAAGGGGGUGUUAUUAAGGCAUGGCCUUGGAAUGCCAUAGCUAAGUCCCUGUCACUAACACCAGAAGAAAAACAUAUGGCUGCUUUGCUGGUCGAACAAGCGUAUAUUGACCUUAGAAACCAUGCCACAGUUGGUAACAUGUUUUCUUUACCCACUACUGAUGUGAAACACAUGCUUGCGGACCACUGUCGAGCGAAAGUUUGGAGUCUAACUAGCAUGACAUUUGCUCUUUGGGAUGCUCGGACAAGGGAGCUCUUAAAAGUAUUUGGCAUGGAUGGCCAAGUAGAGUCAGCUCGUCUAGAGCCACCGGUGAUGCCAGAACAAUUUAUAGAGGAAGAAAUCAGAGUAAAACCCACAAAGAAGGAGAAACCCCAAGGUUCUUUUACAUUCUUCCAGAAAUCUUGGAGUGCCUUGAUGGGGGCAGGUGAUGCAGUACGCAGAGUUGCAACAAAAGGGACAUUCGUCGAAGAUAACCGUCGAACAGAAGCAGUGGCUCAAGCAAUGGAUGGAACAAUUUGGUCAGGCUGCACAGAUGGUUCGAUUAUUAUGUGGGAUGGAUAUGGGAAUUGGCUACAAGAGUUCCAUCAUCAUAAUUCUUCUGUUCAAUGCAUAAAGGCACUUGGAGAAAGGAUGUGGGUGGGCUAUGCCAGUGGUACUAUUCAAGUCAUGGAUGUUGAAGGUAACCUUUUGGCAGGAUGGACUGGACAUAGCUGUCCAGUCAUACAUAUGGCUGUUGGUGGUUCAUACAUCUUUACUUUGGCCCAGCAUGGUGGUAUUCGAGGAUGGCCUCUAACUUCCCCAGGUCCUCUAGACGAUAUUCUGCGAACUGAACUGGCGAAAAGGGAGUUGUUCUAUACAAGGAUAGAGAACAUUAAAAUGCUAGUUGGAACUUGGAAUGUUGCACAGGAGAAAGCAUCUCCUGAAUCACUUUGGUCAUGGUUGGCUAGUGCAUCAUCUGAUGUUGGGUUGGUGGUUGUUGGCUUGCAAGAGGUCGAGAUGGGUGCUGGAGUUCUUGCCAUGGCUGCAGCUAAAGAAAGUGUAGGGCUUGAGGGUAGUGCCAAUGGGCAAUGGUGGAUAGACAAUAUUGGCAAGAUACUUGAUGAAGGGAUAUCCUUCCACCGAGUUGGUUCAAGGCAGCUGGCUGGAUUACUUAUUGUUGCAUGGGCAAGGAAGGACCUUAAGCCACAUGUUGGUGAUGUUGAUGCUGCUGCAGUGCCAUGUGGCUUUGGACGUGCUAUUGGCAACAAGGGUGGUGUUGGGUUAAGGAUUAGAGUCUACGACCGCAGGAUAUGUUUUGUGAACAACCAUUUUGCUGCACAUCUGGAAAAUGUUACCCGUCGUAAUGCUGACUUCGAUCAUAUUUAUCGGACGAUGAACUUUAACAAACCUCAUGGAUCUGCAGUUUCUGCUACAUCUGUCCAAUUGCAUAAAGCUGUGAAUGCCAAUGGAAAUCAGCCCGAUGAAGAUAGACCUGAGCUUGCAGAGGCUGAUAUGGUUGUCUUUCUUGGUGAUUUCAACUACCGACUUGAUGGCAUCACCUAUGAUGAGGCAAGAGACAUGGUCUCGCAAAGGAGCUUCGACUGGCUUCGAGACAGGGAUCAGCUUCGAGCAGAAAUGAAGGCAGGAAAUGUGUUUCAAGGAAUGCGUGAAGGUUUUAUUAGAUUUCCCCCAACUUACAAAUUCCAAAGACACCAACCGGGUCUUGCAGGGUAUGAUUCGGGUGAGAAGAAGAGAAUACCUGCUUGGUGUGAUAGAAUAUUGUAUCGGGAUAGCUGUUCCGAAUCAAUAGGUGAAUGCUCAUUACAGUGCCCAGUUGUUGCAGCAAUUACAUCGUAUGAAGCUUGCAUGGAUAUCACGGAUAGUGAUCAUAAACCAGUGAGGUGUACAUUUAGUGUUGAUAUUGCAAGAGUAGACGAGCUGAUAAGAAGGCAAGAGUAUGGAAAGAUAAUCGCAUCUAAUGAAAAACUACGGUGUUUGCUUCAAGAGUCCCAUUGUGUUCCAGACACUAUAAUCAGCACAAACAAUAUUAUAUUGGACAAUCAAGAAACUGUUGUCCUGCGAAUAGCUAAUAACUGUGGAAUAAACAAAUGUGCUUUUGAAAUUUUGUGUGAAGGCCAGUCGACCAGCAAGCAGGAUGGAACAGAACCUGAUUUUGUUCCAAGGGCAUCCUUUGGGUUUCCACAAUGGCUUGAGGUUCUACCAUCAAUUGGUCUCAUUGAACCUGGAGAAACGAUCGAAGUUACCGUGCAUCAUGAAAACCACUACACGGAAGAAGAAUCUGUCAGCGGAGUUAUACAGAACGGGUGGUGCGAAGUGACUAGAGACAAGGAGGCUGUUCUCUUGGUCAAUGUGACAGGUAGCACCUCAACUGAAACCAUCACACACAGGAUCAAUGUCCGGCACUGUUGUGCAGCGAGCCCAAGGCCCCCGCCUGCCAGUCUACUGUCCAUUACCGCCCCAACUGGUGAUGCUCUGUCAAGUGAAGCUCACACUGAACGUUCUUCCAAUCAGAGCCAGUCGAAUCAUUUGCAACGUUCCGACUUCGCGCCGUUCGGUAGCUCAGACGUUCAUGACCUGUACCGUAUACAAAACAUGUAAUAUAAGAGACCCAAAAGUAACCCUAGUUUUCAUUUGUAUGGUGUGGAAAUUCUGUAUAGGAGGUGAAGUAAGAGAGAAGCUGCUCCCCUGUUACUGUGUACAUAUGCUGGCUCUUACCAUUCUUUACGUAACCGAAAGAAGAAAAAUGCAAAGUGACAGGACAUAAUCUAUAGUUAGUUUUUUAUUUUCAAUUUCUUUAUUGAUUAUUUUUGUAGGAGUGUGUGUGGUGUCGAAGAACUUCUUUAUGAAGUUACUGGACAUAAUCUAUAGUUAGUUUUUUAUUUUCAAUUUCUUUCUUGAUUAUUUUUGUAGGAGUGUGUGUGGUGUCGAAGAACUUUCUUUAUGAAACUAGAGCACAAAGGAAGUUGGUGUGGGUGGUGACUGAUGAACAGAUUGUAUACUUCUACAGAUUGAAUUACUACAGUUUUCUCCCUUAUAUUUGCAGCAAA